AUGAUUACCGAAAGCACUUACAUAAACCAGUCAGUGCUUUCUACUUCUUUUUUUAUUACUCAAGUGUGGAGAACUUCUUUUUUCUUGUUCUAUAAGCAUGGCUUUAAUGCUGAUUCUCACCCUCAUUUGCAUCUUCAAUUCUUACCCCACCAUGGGUGAGACAGUAAAAACCCUAUUUACGAGCCAAGUUUCGAAAGAGCAAAGCACUUUAGAAACCUACAUUGUCCUUGUAAAUGUUCCAGACAAACAAGAAGCCUUUGGUCGUGAAGCUGUCAAAGCAUAUUACAACUCAUUUUUGCCCUCAGCUUCCCGCAUGGAUUAUACCUAUCAUAACGUCGUUAACGGAUUCGCAGCCAGAUUGUCCGCGGAGGAAGUUAAGGCCAUGGAAAAGAUGGACGGGUUCGUGUCGGCUUGGCCCCAAAAAGUGUGUACUUUACACACAACUCACAGCCCCAGCUUCUUGGGGCUGCAACAAAAUUUAGGGGUCUGGCUGGGCGCAAACUAUGGGAAGGAAGUAAUUAUCGGGCUUUUGGACAGCGGAAUCACCCCGGAUCAUCCAUCGUUUAACGACGAGGGAAUGUCGCCUCCGCCUGCUAAAUGGAAAGGGAAGUGCGAUUUUGAGGGGAAGGCGUGCAACAAAAAACUCAUUGGAGCAAGGAGCUUCGGGGGCGAUAACUUGCCUCCGAUCGAUGAAGUCUUACAUGGGACCCACACCUCCAGCACAGCUGCCGGAAACUUUGUCAGUGGUGCAAAUGUGUUUGGACAGGCCAACGGCACAGCCUCCGGGAUGGCGCCCCUUGCCCACUUGGCCAUGUACAAAAUCUCUGGCAAAUCUUCGAGACUUGAAUCUGUCAUUUUGGCCGCAAUGGACGCCGCAGUGGAGGAUGGUGUCGACAUUCUCUCUCUCUCCCUUGGGGUUGGGAACGGCUCCAUGCCUUUCUAUAAAGACAGCGUUGCGUUGGGCGCAUUCGGUGCCACACAGAAGGGCAUUUUCGUCAGUUGCUCAGCCGGUAACGAAGGUCCAAUCAACGGUUUGUUAUUUAACGGAGCUCCGUGGAUUCUCACAGUUGGUGCAAGCACCAUAGACAGAAGCAUAAGAGCCACGGUCGUACUAGGAAACAACGAGGAAUGCGACGGCGAGUCCUUGUACCAGCCCACUGAUUUUCCUGCAACCUUGUUGCCACUUGUUUACGCCGGAGCAAACAGUCCGGACUCUGCUUUGUGCGGGGCGGGAUCUCUGGACAACACCGACGUCAAAGGAAAGGUAGUUUUGUGCGUGGUGGGUGGCGAUAUGGCGGGAGUUACUGUGAAGGAUGCAGGCGGUGCCGCCAUGAUUCUCAUGAACCAAGAGAUACAAGGGUAUACUAUUGAGCUAGACGCCGCUCAUAAUCUACCCGCAACAUAUCUGAGCUACGCUGCCGGAGUAAAGAUCCUAGAGUACAUGAAUUCGACAGCUACUCCCAUGGCCACAAUCGCAUUCAAGGGAACCUUCAUUGGAGGCAAAACAGCACCUAUGGUUAGUUAUUUCUCAUCUAGAGGCCCGAACCUCGCAAGCCCGGGCAUCUUAAAACCCGACAUCAUCGGGCCCGGAGUGAACAUUCUAGCUGCCUGGCCAUUCUCUGUCGAAAACAAGACCGAUAAGACGAAAUCGAUCUUUAACAUGAUUUCUGGCACCUCCAUGUCUUGUCCUCACCUUAGCGGUAUUGCUGCCUUGGUCAAGAGCGUGCACCCGGACUGGUCGCCAGCGGCUAUAAAAUCCGCAAUCAUGACCACCGCAGAUUCGCUAAACCUCGACCAGAAGCCCAUUGUCGACGAAAGGAUGCUGCCCGCGGACCUGUUUGCUACCGGUUCAGGCCAUGUCAACCCGUCAAAAGCCACUGAUCCAGGACUUGUUUAUGAUAUUAAACCGGAUGAUUACAUACCUUACUUGUGUGGUUUGAAUUACAGUGACCAACAGGUUGGGAUCAUUACAAAAAGCAAAGUGAACUGCACGGAGGUAGGAAGCAUACCUGAAGCGGAUCUAAAUUAUCCAUCUUUUGCCAUCACUCUGGGUUAUACUGAUCAGACGUAUACAAGGACAGUGAGAAAUGUCGGGCCGGCCGGUGGUUUUUCUUACCGCUCUGUCAUUGUUCAACCAGUGGGUGUUACCGUGACUGUUGACCCUGAGACGCUCGAGUUCUCAGAGGUGAACCAGGAAUUAACUUACAAAGUGACAUUUAGCCGCUCAACCGGCCCGGCCCUAGCGGCCUAUGUCGACGGAUUUUUUCGCUGGGCAUCAGUUAACAACAAAUACGUUGUUAAAAGCCCGAUUUCCGUUAAGCUGGUGUGAGGAACUGUUGUAGAGGAUAAUAUUGUCUUGUGAUAUUUGCAUGUGAGUGGGGCCAUGUGUUUGUGUGUGUGUGUUCAAUUGCUACGAGAGAGAGAGAAAUGUGUAAAGAGUAUAGUGAUAAGUUUAGCUUGUUUCCUCUAUGUAACACUUCCUGGUGCAGUGUUAGUAUUUUUUCUCUUUGUACUUUGUCAUAAAAAAAGUAUUUUUAUUAUUUUUGUA